CCAGCGUUGGGCUUGGUCGACCCCGAACCGCACGCACUCUUCCCAUUCUCUCUCUCUCUCUCUCUCUCCCCCAGAACAGAAACUUGUGGAACCUCUGAAACCCCCGAAACAUGUUACCUCCGCCGCCCCAACUGGACCCGAACGAGACCAACUGGAUCGUUCAUGUCAAUGCGAACCUCAAGUGCAUGCCCGGCGACAAGCAACAGUACUGGAAGUAUCCGUCCAUCUACAAGGUCCCCCCCUUCAUCACCGACCUCAACCCCAAGGCCUACCGGCCGCAGGUUGUCUCUUUCGGCCCCUACCACUGCAACGAUGACCACCUCCGUCCAAUGGAGGAGACAAGCACCGCGCACUCCUCCACUUCCUGAACCGGUGCGGGAAGUCCCUCGACCGCUUCUUCGAUUCCCUGAAGGAGGUGGUGCGUGAGCUCGAGGACAGCUAUGGCAAGCUGGACUCGAAGUGGAAGGAGGGCACGGGGGGCCGGUUCCUCGAGCUGAUGAUCACAGACGGCUGCUUCAUGCUCGAGAUCAUGAGGACUGCGAUAGGGGAGAAGAAUGACUAUGCGCCCAAUGACCCCAUCUUCGGCAUCCACAGGCUAGAAUGCAUAGCCCCGUAUAUAAGCCGGGACAUGCUGCUGCUGGAGAAUCAGCUGCCGAUUCUAGUGCUAUACAAGCUGGUUGCCGUCGAGAACAAUGGCAAGGAGGAUGACGUCAACGAGCUCGUCCGAAAGUUCUACUUCCCCGAUGAGAAAAGAAAGUUCACGGUGUUGGGCAGACGCCUACAUGUCUUGGACGUCUUCAGGAAAGGCCUGCUGAUGAAACCCGAGGAGGUCCAGCACGAAUGGGAAUUAUAUAUGGGGCCUGAGGACAUGAAGAAGAUAUAUGCCAAGAAGACCGAGCCGAUAAUCCGGUCGGCCAUUGAGCUCAACGAGGCCGGGAUCAAGUUCAAGGAGAGCACCAACAGCCUCAAGGACAUCUCCUUUGCUAGCGGGGUCCUGAAGCUCCCAGUUAUCAUAGUGGAUGACACCACUGAGUCCAUGUUCCUCAACGCCAUGACGUUCGAGCGCUUGCACAGCAAGGCUUGGAACGAAGUCACAUCCUACGUCACCUUCAUGGACAAAAUCAUCAACAAUGAGCAGGAUGUCGCCCUGCUCCACACCCAAGGCAUCAUCCAUAAUGAUUUCGGAAGCGACAAGGCGGUCGCCACACUAUUCAACUCUCUCUGCACGGAAGUGACGCUCCCAUCCAACGAAAACCUCGAUGGCGUGCAACAGAGGAUCAGCGAGCACUGCAAGAAGGACUGGAACUUGUGGAGGGCUCAUCUCAAACGCAAGUACUUCAGGAGUCCUUGGACUAUGUUGUCUCUCGCCGCCGCCAUCUUCCUCUUCGCUCUCACUAUAAUGCAGGCCGUGUAUACCGUGCUCAGAUAUCAUGUAAAAUGAUUUCCUUUUCCUUCUUCUUUUUUUUCCAUUUUUCGUUGUUUCUCCUAAUGCCUGAUGCUCGAUUAUUAUUUGUUGAUUGGCUGUUGAUUGUUGUCAUCAAUGAUUUUCCUCCUGUUUUCA